AUAAUAACAUCGUUAUUUGUUAUCGCGUGGUGAUGCACUGGUGCUUACGACCUGGGUCCCCGGCGCCCGUCCGCUCAUUGCUAAACGUUAGAUUAUUAAAUUGUUGCGAUUUGCCAUGACAUCGGUCAUUCAACGUUCUUGAUGAUCGUAUGUCCCGGGACAAAAAAAAUCAAAAUCCGUUUAUGACGACAACGCCCGAUCUUUCAUCUAGCAUUUUUUGCGUGUUUUUCCUCGCCGCGCCCGGUCACGCACAACGGCAUCAGUCGCAGUGUCCGUUCGCCGCCCCCGUCAACCGAUUCGAUUUUUCGUCCGCGUCGUAGUUUUUCGACGAAAUUAUCUCCAAACACCCGUCAAACGAUUCAGUACAAUUGUUCGCGUCGUGUUUUCCGUUUUGUUUUGUUUUGUUUUUUUUUUCCUUAUCACAACCCUCGGUUUUUUACUGUUGCUGCUGCACAUCUUAUCGCUGUAGACGCCAGUUGAACGUUAUAUUCUUACAAUGGAGAGUACUGCCGUCAACGUGAAAGAAGAAGACACUGUCGCAAAAGUUGCUGUUGCCACCAUUGCCGCUAGCGAUGCGGCGAAUUCCAUAGCAGUGACUGAUGAAAUUGUUCCACCCAUUAAGUUAGACAAGGAAAUCAUUAUGACCACUGAUAAUGUUGAACAUGUGGUGGUCAGUGAACAAGCGGAUGUGUCAAAUGAAACUGCAAUUACCGUUAACGCCACUAGUAACAAAGAAGAUCAAUUAAAUAUAGCCAUGGCAUCUACAACAAUAUCGACUAAUGAGGUAGAUGAGAUUAAACACAAUCUAGGUGAUACAGUUUUGGACAAGCAACAGAAACCUGCGACAGCUACGGUUGAAAAAGAUAUUGUAAUCAAUGAAACCUCUGAUAUAAAUCUAGAUAUCUCUUUAAAAACAAAAUCAGAGUCCGAUGAAAUAUAUAACUCAACAAUGGGUAGUGUAUUUGAAGAUGCAGUUGAAUAUAUUAUCAAUGAUGAAGAAGAUAAUGUUCAAGAACAGCCUCAAGAUGUAAUUCAAGAGGAAAAUGUUCCAGAUGAUGAGAGUGGUUCGCAACAAGAAGUAGAGGGAGGUGAUGGUGAAGAAGACUAUGAUGAAGAAACCAAAGAUCCUGCAGCACCUGCAGAACCCGUAGUACCUGUACCUGUCGACGAUGAUACUAAUGAUCCACAAUACAUACCUAGGCGUGGACGGUUCUACGAGCAUGAUGACCGCAUGGCAUAUAGUACAACAAGCUCUGAAGGAUCAGAAUCAGAUAAUGGAUAUGAAGAAGAUUCAGGAGAUGACGAUGGAGUUUCUGAUCGUCGCCGCGUUAGAAGAAGACAUACCAGUAUUAAAAAACAAAAGUCAGUAACCCCAGUAGAUACUGCUGAAAACACUGCUUUAGCAGUUGUGGAUGGAUCACUGUCUACUAAAAAAGUCUUGGCCAUAUCUAAGGUUGCUGCUACAACAAAAGACUCUGAAACUGCUGUAACUGCUGAUGGAUUGGCAAAAAAACUCAGUGUAGGCUCUAGAAAAUCUCGUGAUUUAGAUGCUCUUGAUAGGUGGACACAUGAUUUGUAUGAUGAAAACGAGCAGACACGCAAAAGUCGUGAUGAGUUACUGGCCUCUUAUGGAUAUGACAUACGUGAGGAAUCUGAGGCACCUCGAGCUCGACGCCACCAUAAAUAUGGGCGAGCUGCCACUACCAAAUAUACUCGUAGUUGGCAGGAUACAAAAGCUUACAUUGGUGCUGCUGGAGGCCAACAGUCUAUGAAAGUUAAGCGUGGAGGUAUGGCUCGACGCAAUGUUGGUGGUCUAAAUAAGAACAUAAACAAAUCUACAACUGAUGAGUACACCUCUGAAUUCCCUGCUUUGGAUGAUACAAAAAAAUCAGUGCCUAAUACUUCAACUCUUCCUUCAACUGAGUCUUCUGCAGUUGUAGAAGUCUCAGACCAGAAUCAUGAACAACAACUGAAAUCUCUUUCUGUUCAAAAUGAAGAUAAAAAAUCUGUUGCUGCAGUUGUGGAAACUAGCCAGGCUCGGCAUCACACCUCGUCAUCGCGAGCAACUCCAAAAUAUAAUACAACUUCCCCUACAAAUCGAAACAAUCGCCAGGACCAAAAUGGCGGACCUUCAUCGUCAUCAACUAAUAAUAAAAACUAUUACAAUCGGUCUUCAACUGAGUCUCCAAUUAGCAAAGAAAAAGGUGCUCAAGUAAAUCGAGACUCUCCUUCCUCAGCAGCUAACUCAAACUUCUUUAACCGAAGACCACAACAAAACAGUAGUGGCCAUACUCAACAUCAUAAUUAUAAACAGCAACACUACAACAGCAGUCAACAUAACCAGCAACACCAAAAUUCUUCACCUUCAGGACCUCGUAGCCGUAACUUCCAUCAACACCAGACUUCGCAACAAUAUAAUCGUGAUAGAUAUUUUUCUAAGGGAGCAACACCUUCAUCUUCAUCCAGUUCAAAUCAACACAAUUACGAUCAGCAGCAUCAUUCUGGAGUGCCUACUACUGCUGGCACAGGACGUACACAACAUGGUGGCGGACAUUAUCAACACUACAAUAAUCGCCAAUAUGAAAACGAAAAUCAACCAAUUGAUCCACCUGUACCACCAACACCAGUUGUGCGUAGCUCAAAACGGUACUCAGUUCAAAGUCGCAGGGAGCUUCCUGACCCAGUACUAAAUUUUGGUGGUUUAUCUAAGACACCUCAGCCACAGCCUCCAGCUCCUCAGCAACAAAAUGGGUUAGUUAUGCAAGAUCAACAAAUGCAACCCACGCCUCAGCAACUACAACAGCAACAACCAAUCCAAAUUCAUCAACAACCACCGCCAUUGUUACCACAGUACCAUCAACCCUUACAACAAAUACAUCACGGCAUGGUACUUGAUCACAACACUGGUAUGAUGGUUAUGGCUGCUGCUGAUCCAACCAUGUACCAUCAUCAAAUGUAUGCUACGCCCCAGUAUGCUACUGGAGUUGCACCGGGUCCAGCAGCUGGAAGUGCUGAUGAUCAGAAUGCAGCAGCAGCUGCUGCUGCAGCUGCUCUUCAGAUGCUUGCAGCUCAGGCAGCUGUUUACCAACCAGUACCAACAGGUGCUACAGGUGUAACAUCACCACCAUCUGGAACACAAUCCUUGCAACAACCAGAAACCUUCAUGACUACUUACUAUCAACCACAGCAACAGCCACAACAACAACCUCCUCCAAGACGUGUUAAUUUGGCUAUACCCAUAGUGGCACCGCCUCCAGAACCUAAUCAACAGCAAGGGAAUUUGAAAACUAACUUAUCCACUACACCACCUCCUACUACAGCUUCAGCCAAUUGAGACAGCUUCCAUAACUAACUCAUAACUACUACACAAUAUUAAAACUUAUUCUUCUUUUUUUAACAUUUCUUAGUUUUAUACAAUAUUUAUUUGGCUAAUAAUUUGUUUAUACUUUUUACCAUUAUUUUAGAUAAUGGUAUCAAUUGGUUCUGUGUUUAAUUUUGUUUUUAAAUAUUUUUAUUAAUAUUCAUUUAUUAUUAUUUUAUACCUCGUUCAAGAAACGAAUCCAAUUAUAUGAUACAUUUUUUAGAAUGCAUGAGUACAGUAUUACACUGUAUAAAAUACUUAGAUGUAAUUUUCAUCUUAGUUUAAUAGUGGUUUUAUUAUUUGUUUAUCAAUAUCAUUGUAUCAUCAUCAAUAAUCAAUUAAAAUAUAAAUAAACCAUUGAAGC